AGUAUGAAAGUGAAACUAGUCUGAGUUGUUUGUGCAAAAGCAGCUGCCAGAGACCGACUUAGACGUGUUGCUUUUCUGACGUUCCCUCGAGAAGAAAUCAACUGGAAACUGAGAGAAGAGAACACACUUUUGUCCUGCGCUGCCCUCCUCUUCCUCCCAGCACCAUGCCGGACACCAAGCUCUGCCUGGAGGCCCUGUCGGCUCUCUGCGGCUGCAGAGUUGAGCCGACUAGCGGAGCGUCCCAGUUCACCCCGCAGGACUUUGUCAAUGUCGUGUCCCUCAAGGAGUUUUACAAGCAGGAGGGCUUCAAAGAGUUGGAGUACCCCAGCCUGGGGACUUUAUCCCUGCAGGACCCGGAAGACCAGGACCUGUACAGCUCCCCCCCGGCGCUGACCGAGCAGCAGGAGAGCUUCAGAGCCACAGUGAAGAUCAACCCCCAGGACUUCUUUCAUCCUCAGUACGACUACGACUUCACAAACAUAAAGGAUGGCAACAAAAAGUUCCUGCGUGGCAAUGAGCAGUACGUGCGUCCCUGUGGGUGGACUCGAGUCGCCCUGAGGGUCACGCAGAAGUACGAGGGCGGGGACGACUGGCUCGGCACGGGGAAGGACGCCUGGCCGGUCUCCUACAAUGGACACAACAUGGACGGCUCCCUCGGCAUCAUCUUGACCCACGGCGGGAGCCCAGAUAACAACCCAAGCUUCCUGGAAGCCGCCGCCAGCUCCCUGGUCGCCGGGGGGACGAGGGGCAGAGGCGUCUACUCCACACCGCAGAUCAACCUGGCGGAGAAGUACUGCAAGUACUUCAAGUCCAAAGUGGACGGCAAGAAGUACAAGGUGAUUCUUCAGAACCGCAUCAACCCUGGGAAGAGGACCAAGUGCCAGAGAGAUGACAUCUGGUUGGUUUACAUCCCUGAAGACUACAACGACGUCCAGGUGAGGGCCGUCGUGCAGGAGUCCAUCCGGCCAUACGGGCUGCUGCUGAAGCAGGAGUGAGGAAGCUGCCAGAACUACUCAGGUGAACAAUUUCAAUCUGAAAGCCUCUCGAUUAUCAGCAAAAACAAACCUUACGAUGAAGACGAUUUGACAUUAGUCCAUCGAGUGGGUUCAGGUGGAAGAGAAACCUCCACCUGACGGGCUGACUUAUGCUGCCAUCAGGUGGAGGAUGAUGAGUUAGUUUCUUUUUUUCUUUCUCUUUCUUUCUUGUAAAUGGAAAGCGGGGACCCUGUAUUAUCUUUGGUGAUCGACGCCUGGUGAAAUUAAAUGCAUUUAAACCGAAAUUGGUGGCAUUACUGUACGAUUAAUACAGACUUCAUGUGGUCAAACAUGAGCUGCACGGAGGAGGACGUCCGAAACAUUGGGACAUUCCCUCUCUGUGACGUGAUUCGACAGUCACGCAGCAGAUGUUCUUCACAGCAGCGACGCUCAGAGCCUUUCUGUCACACACCCUCGCGGUCCCGAGUGUGUCGGCUGUGCAGAUGUUUUGAGCUGGGACUGACUGCUGGAUUCUGUUCUUGUACCUCCAAAUGUGUGAAAUAAAAUGCUGUGCACAGA